AUGUCGCCGCUUGUAAGUAUUAUUCUAGUUGGUCUUUCCGCCACGAAAGGCGCCUAUGCUUGGGGUAAACUCGGCCACGCCACCGUCGCCUACAUUGCCCAGCACUAUCUAUCCUCCGAAGCGGCAUCAUGGGCGCAGGGUGUCCUCGGCGACACCUCCGACUCAUACCUGGCAAACAUUGCCUCUUGGGCCGACGACUAUCGGGCCACGGCCGCAGGCAAAUGGUCGGCCCCACUUCACUUCAUUGACGCUCAAGACAGUCCUCCGACGAGUUGCAACGUCGACUAUAACCGCGACUGCGGCAGCAAAGGAUGCUCCGUCUCAGCCGUGGCCAACUACACCCAGCGUGUCGGGAGCAAGAGCCUGAGCAAGGACAACAUUGCCCAAGCACUCAAGUUCCUGGUUCAUUUCACCGGAGACUUGACGCAGCCUCUGCACGACGAGGCCUACCAGGUCGGCGGCAACAAUAUCAAGGUCACCUUUGAUGGAUACCAGGACAAUCUGCACGCUGACUGGGACACGUAUAUCCCCGAGAAGCUGGUUGGAGGCGGUGCCUUGACAAAUGCGCAGAGCUGGGCCAACGAUUUGAUACAGCAGAUUACCUCUGGGAGUUACCAAUCUCAGGCGGCAGAUUGGAUCAGGGGAGAUGAUGUCGGAGACGCCAUAGCGACGGCGACCAGAUGGGCUUCGGAAGCCAAUACUUUUGUUUGCUCCGUCGUGAUGCCCAAUGGCUCCGCGGCUCUGCAGCAGGGCGACUUGUACCCCAAGUACUACAACGCUGUCAUUGACACCGUCGAGCUGCAGAUCGCCAAGGGAGGAUACCGUCUCGGGAACUGGCUAAACAACAUCUACAAGUCUACCGUGGCCAAGCGGGACGUUGGAGGCAUUGAGGGCGCAGAGGUCAAGCCUGCCGAGCUGCCAGACCUCAUGGGUUACGAUUUUCUCCCAGAGCCUCGUCCUCUGAGUCGUGCUCAACUUGCACGGGCUGCCAUGGAGGGCGAUUGCUGUGGGAAGGGGCGCGAGGGCCACCAGCACUAG